AUGGCGACCAGAGACCCUAAAUCCUCGGUUGGGACGGUGCAGAAGAUUAUGGAUGAGGAUAACCACCCUCAUCGUUCGUUGGGCCAUGUUCGCCUGCGCCAUCAUGAAACCAACGAGGUUAUUCUGGUCCCUACUCCGUCGGAUGACCCAAACGAUCCACUACGAUGGUCUACCUCGUACAAGAUUUACAUUGCCAUUCUUGUCUCUCUGGCCAUGGUGAUGUGCAACUUCAUGUCCGCCGGUCCGACCGUCGCCAUGGUGGAUGUCGCGGCCGAUUUCAACUCGAGUGUGUCUCGCGCAGCCUACUUUUUCAACAAUAGUGCGCUGCUGCAGGGCGUCUCCAACUUGAUCUGGGUUCCACUCCUCAAUAAGUAUGGUCGGCGGCCCAUCUACGUAUCAGCAUACGUGCUCUAUUUCUUCAUGAUUCUGGGAGCCGGGUUGGCAAAGACCUAUGCCGGUGAGCUUACCACCCGUACCAUCCUGGGUGUCGGUGCCGGGGCAGGAGAGUGUCUAGCCCCAGUCACUAUUGCCGAUGUCUUCUAUCUCCACCAGCGCGGUUAUGGCAUGGCAAUCUAUAACUCCGCUUUGAGCGCGGGUGUCUCCUUUGGCAUCAUCAUCUCUGGCCUGGUGACGAUCAAUCACUCCUGGCGUGUGAUAUACUGGGUCGGCUGCGGACUUGUCGGUGCUCUGUGGAUUGUGGUUGUCUUCUUCUUCCCGGAGACCGCAUUUCGUCGAACAGAUAAUGCGGAUGAUCUUUACAACACGCAGAAGCAUGCCGAGCAUGUCGAGUCCCGGGGAGAAGAGAGACUUUCCCGCAGACAGAGCUAUCUGCAGAGUCUGCGCUUUUGGUCCGGUCACACAUACACAGACGAGUCCCUGUGGCGGAUGUUCAUCCGACCUUUCGGUCUCAUUCUGCUGCCUCCGAUCUUCUGGGCGACCAUCGUCAUGUCCGUGACAAUCGGCUUCCUCGUGGCGGUCACAUCAAACUUUGCCACUGCUUUUAGCGAAACGUAUGGGUUUGCUUCCUGGCAGAGUGGAUUGUGCUUCAUUGCCGGCAUGCUGGGCUGUUUCUUCGGUACCUUUGCGGGAGGGCCCUUUUCUGACUGGGUGGCCGAUUAUCUCACCAAGCGCAACGGUGGUAUUCGAGAGCCGGAAAUGCGUCUGCCCGCUAUUAUACCUAGUGUGAUCGCCGCUCCAUUGGCGCUACUGCUGUAUGGCUUUGGCACCGAUCGCGCCUGGCACUGGAUUGUGCCAACGAUUAGUCUUGGAUUAUUAUCAUUUGCCAUUAGUCAAGGGACAAAUGUCUCAUUUGUGUAUUGCGUUGAUGCUUACCGACCGGUGGCUGGUGAAGUCGCCGUCACUCAGCUGGCUUUCAAAUCCUGCUUCGGGUUCCUGCUAUCUUUCUAUACCAACACCUGGAUUGCCGAAUCAGGCUAUGCGGCUGCCUUUGGCGCCAUGGCGGGCAUUUCGGGAGGCUGUCUGCUGUUCUUUAUCCCGUUGUAUUUGUGGGGACGGCAUAUUCGCAUGGCAUCGAUGAAGUGGCCCUUCGUCCAAUUUGUGUUCUGGAAGGAUGAUCGGGAGGUUGGGGAGUAAUGUGCCAGAUGGGGGAAAGAUGAGGAGUGAAAAUAGCCUUCCUUUGCUUUCAAACGGAUGGAGCAGCUGUAGCGCCUUCAAUUAUGUGUAUGCGUCGGCCAUUCUUCCCUGAAAAAAAUGACUUCAU